UCCAAAGCGGUUAGUGCGAGCCAAACUACCAGUGACUGUGGUGUGUUAAGUGUAGUCCAAGGAGUACAGUCUUCGGAGCGCGAUCGAGACCAUUGCUCAACGUUUGACUUUGAUAGAGUUAAAGUUUUAAAACGUAAAUUCAGCAAAAUGUUCGGAGCGCAUCGAAUUGUCGGGACUAUUGCGUGGGCUUUUGUUUUUUCAACUUUCACGCUCUUGGAGAUUGCUGCCCUACCCGCAACUACAUCUGUGCCUCACACCACCCACAUCGUCAGCUACGUUCACCAAGGCAGAGUCGGCGCAAAGAGGGGUGAAAUAAGAGAAUUCGACUAUGAGAGCGUUCAAAACAAAGCUGGCGGGCGCAGCGCAGCUUUACGCUCUACUAAACCGGCAACCCCGCUCUCUGAACUGUAUGGCGCAUUUGUAGAACAACUAGAUAUGAGUCUUGACAAUGGUUUUCAGAGCACUGGAAGCAGCGCUGUGGUUCAGCAAUAUACCACCGAAGCGGCCAACAGAACUGACGACUUACUGGUUUUGCAUCAAAAUACACUGGACGACGCCGAUGACGUCUUUGGUCGCAGUGAGCAGCAUGAGUCUUCCACCAUGGUGAAGAACUGUAGCCAGCCGCACGUUGGGGGCCCGUUGUGGAAUCGCAUGAAGCAAAGCAUACCGGUGUUGGAGCCUGUGCGGCAUCUUCUCAAUACCGUACGUGACCAGCACAACCAGACUGUGCAUGCGGCCCGGCAGCAUCAUCAGUUGCUGGCCGCAAUGAAAGGUGGUUUCGGCGAUCACACGGCUGCUAACGAGUCGUCGGCCAUAGAGACCGAAGAGGAUCGCGAGACUGCCAACGAGAGCACAGAAUUCAAGUUGCUUGACUUUGCAGGCAGCCUGGUUAGCAUGCUGUGGGGCUUCAUCGGUAAUCUUCAGCGCAUCUUUGCGGCCAGCAGUGGAAAUGCCUUAGCUUCCUCCUCGUCCGGUUCAUCAGGUGGUCAGUAAUCUAGUAUUCGCAAAUGUGAAAUUUAUCUUUUGGACAGAUGUACCCUGAGUCAACUGUGAUUAACCACAUUUUUCUAAUUUUAGAGAUAUGUAUGUACUUAAAUAAAGUGUAUAUGUAUGUACAUAUAUGUGUAAGUCCAUACAAUUUACUAGCAAUUUAGAUUAUUUUAAUUGAAUUGAUUUAAUAUCGAAAUAAAUAUUUAUGCAUUUAAUAAGUUUUGUUUAAAAUUAAUAUGUAUCAGCAAAAUACAUACAUAGUAUACAUAUGUAUGUACAUACAAAUACAUUAGGGCUCGUAAAAUUAUUCGAGUAUUCGACUAUUCGGUUAACCGAUCGGUCGGUUAAUGGUAUUCGAAUAGUCGCCCGCUCGGGUAUUGUAAAAAUCGAAUUUCAGUUACCGAAAUUCAUUGAAAUUUUUUGACAAAUGUAAAAUCCGUGGGGGAAAUGGAAGUAACGUGUUCCAUAUCUGAACAAUCAUUCUCUUAUAACAACCAUUUAACAAAAAUCCACAAGAAAAAUCGCGAAAAUCAGAGUUAGGUAUUUCUUUAGCCAGUGUGUCAAAAAUAUUUCGCAAUCAAUUUUAAAUAAUUCAAUUACUUAAAAAAGCGUGUCUUUUAAUAUAGCUUUUAGCAUUGAUAACAAAGAUUUAGUAAUUUAAUAUGGGAUACAAUUUAAUCUUAUCCCAUCCAGUAUUUUACUGCACAUACCUUUAUUUCUUGCAAAAAAGUUUGCUUUAAUAUUGCACAUGCAAUCUUAAAUAUUACGAAUGUAAUAAGUCAAUUCAUAUAUUUAUUUACGCUUAAAUGCAAAAAAUCCCGAACUAAAAAUAUUCGAUUAACAGAAAAUUAACGGUUGAUCGAAUAAUCUAAAGUGAACAGUUAAUAGAAUAGUCGACAGCUUUCCACUACUCGAAUAUUGCUAACCGAUUAAAUGUAAUCGACUUCAGUCACAUUCGGAUAAUUCGGUUAAUCGAUUAACCGAAUAGCCCUAGCUCUAAUACACAUGCAUGUAACAUGAAACACUCAUGGUAGUCCGGUUCGUGUCAUCAAUCUUUCGUUUUCAUUUCUUUGUUUGCCUAUCCCGCGCCCGCAGAAAUAUGCAACAAUUGGCAUU